AUGAGGACUCUACCCAGGGCGGCACAGAUCGUCUUUUUGGUCGAGAUCUGCUCAGCUGCCUCGUUCAAGCGCGGCCUCGCCUUCACGCCCAAUGCCGAGCACUCUGAAGAUAACAAGAUCUGGGUGCAGUCUGGUAGCGACGUGACAUGGUAUUACAACUACCAGAGCACACCGUCGCCAGUCUAUUCCGGCCUGUCACAGGAUCGUUUCGAGUUUAUCCCUAUGAUGUGGGGUGUCGGCCCCAAUCCCAACGACACUAAGUUCCUGACAGACGUGAAGAAUCUGAUUGACGACGGCAUCAAAAUCAAGCACGUCUUGGGGUUUAAUGAACCGGACACAGGCUCCGCAUACGGAGGCAGCAACGUCAAGCCCGCAGAUGCGGCCCUCGCUUGGGUCGCCAACUUUGAACCUCUUGGCGAGAUGGGUGUGAAGCUCGGCCUGCCGGCAUGCUCUGGAGGAUGGGACAGUCUGCCUUGGCUCAAGCAAUUCUUGGGCAAUUGCUCUGAGCUGAUCAGCACUGGCAAGGGGAAGAAGAACUGUACCUGGGAUUUCUUGCCGGUUCACUGGUACGAUAACUUUGCCGGCUUGGCAUCGCAUAUUGGUGAACGAGAGGCGACCUGGCCUAACAAAUCAAUCUGGGUGACGGAAUACGCGUAUGCUCAUCAGGAUCUCAAGCCAACCCAAGAGUACUAUAACCAGACCAUCGACUUCUUCGAGAAGCUCGACAAUAUCGGCCGCUACUCGUACUUUGGCGCAUUUCGCUCCACCAACUCUAAUGUUGGCGCCAAUGCGGCAUUCCUCGAUAAGAGCGGCAAGCUGACCGACAUCGGAGCCUGGUAUCUUGGCUUUGAAGCCACUGGGAACACUCCCGAAAGCUCCCGGGCUGUACUGCUGGAACCCGGGGUGGGAGCUCUUUUUCUUAGCGCCAUUGUCGGACUUUUUAUCGGUUCCCUGUAA